AUGGGUGCUCUAUCAUACUUUGUAAUCAACUCCAUCAGAGCUCCUCACACAUGUGAUCGCGAAAAACUCCUCAUCAAAAUAGAAUCAGCCAGUCGUGGCUUGGCCGAACUUUUCAAGAAAAAGUUUGCACAGUGUCAUAGCAUUUACACACCCAGACAGCUUCAGUGUGACUUGGAACGUACUUACAAAGUGGAAGUUACGUACACGCAGGCAUUUAAAGGUUGUAAUCGUGGGAUAGAACUGAUAAGAGGUUCCACGGAUGAGUCAUACCAACACCUGGUCGGGUAUAGUCACAUGCUUGCGGACCUUAACCAAGGAACUCUUACAACAAUUCAAACCGAUAAAAAUAAUAUUUUUGAGUACUGUUUUGUGGCUCUUGGAGUAUGCCUAGAAGGAUUUAAGAGACAUGCGAGGUUAGCGUUUGCUGUCGAUGGUACACAUCUAACAGGCGAACGCCUUGGACUCGUACUGUCAGUCGUAGCAUUAGAUGCUAAUGAACAAAUCUACCCAAUUGUGUUUGGAAUUGUUGAUUCGGAGAAUAACAAGGCAUGUGCUUGGUUCAUGGAAAAGUUGGCCAAGACCUUUGGGGCUGAUUUCUCAAAGCGGAAGGAUCUGGUUAUUGCCUCAGACAGAUCUCGGCCCAUCCGUACUGCUGUUGAAAAUACGUUUCCUGAUGCUACCCAUGUUUUCUGCGCCUACCAUAUUAAAGGUAUUUAA